CGUUUCUCUCUUGGGGCUCUCUCCAUCCUCUUGUCUCCAUUCACUUGCGAAAUAAGAAGCUCCUCACUUGGUGCGGGCACCCGUACCUCCCACUUUUGAUCAGAGAUGUCAGAUAACCUCUCCGAGGCGGAUAAGAUCCGCAAUAAGCGCCUAGCAAAGCUGGGGAAUCCCUCGCCUUCGGUGCAAUCCGCAAGUGGUGAACAGUCACCAACUCAGUCCGCAGCGUCUUCGCGACCUACUCCUCCGUCCCAAGCAUCGGAAGCAUCACAGCCACAUUCUAAUAAGAGCAGCGCCCCUGCCUCUCGCUCGUCCUCCCCGGGUGCAGCACAACGACCGGGAUCAGAAGGGAAACGGAUCAAGAUCACCCCCACAAGUUCAGUGCCAGUCCGGCCACGGUCCAGCACACCCAUCGCCAACACUCCACCACCCCCCAAAGCAGAAGACACUAUCGAAUCGUUCGAGGAUCGCACAUUAAGCGCCGUGUUUAAACUGACAUUGAAUGAAGACCGACAGACGGAUGUCCAUGGGCAGAGAUUAUCAUUCCUUCCUGGGUUACGGGGGGAACUUGAAGAUCAGAAGCGGAAUCUCCGUAUUGAUACGUCGGUUUUGGAUCAGGCUCUUCUGGAAGCGGCGUCGAAUCAGCCGGAGCAGAAACCGCUGGACUACUUAAUACCGUGUUGGAAGCGGAUUACAAGACUGCACAAAGGGUUUCGUCGCGUUCGUGACGAUGACCCCAAGUUCAAGGUGAUAUGUGAGGCUCGUCGGCUGUGCAUGAGCUACUGUAUUUUUGCCAUGACGAUGCCGGAGAUGUUCGGGCUGGAACCAUCCGAUCAAUCCCCCAUUAGGCCCUAUCUUCUCUUAGACCCGGAAGAUGAGAAGGGAGUGGACAUUGAAUUCAUGGGCGAAGCAGUCAAGCGGUUUGAGGAAGACGAGACUAUUAAGCCGGCUUUUAUUGCGGCAGUAGAGGGGCUGAGUCAAGAGCUUGCCUCCAUGAGCAUCAGUGACGAUUACAAGCCAUAUAUGACAGCUCUGCGAAAUCUCGUUCAUAAUGCCGCCCUCGCGGCUGCCAUUACGGAGUCAUCCUUCUUUAACGAGUCUCGAAACCCGGUCUCGUUCGAGGUGGACACGCUUCUCGGACCGUGGUUCCGCCUAUCGCCCUUACAACCCAGCGCUAUGAUGUCGUAUUUCUCAAGUCCCAAGACAAGAGAUCAGUCAUACAUUCUCAAUGCGCAGCGGUCAAUCCGCAUGGUGCAACAGUUGCUGAGCUCCGAUCUCCUUGAUAUUAUCAACCACAUGAUUCGAGCUUCGAAAGACGCGAGAGACAGGGUCUUGGACUGGUUCGCGGCAGCUUUGAAUAUUAACCACAAGCGUCGGGCAAUGCAGGUAGAUCCCAGCACUGUGUCGUCUGACGGGUUUAUGUUCAAUCUGACCACUUGUUUGGACCAACUCUGUGAGCCCUUCAUGGAUGCCAAUUUUACCAAGAUUGACAGGAUUGACAUUGACUACCUACACCGAAACCCUCGUGUGGAUAUCAAGGAUGAAACCAAGAUCAAUGCCGACCAACACGCAUCUGAUGCCUUUUACUCGAAGAAAGCAGAUGGUGCAUCUAAUUUUAUCACUGAGAUUUUCUUCCUGACAGUUGCUGCUCAUCAUUACGGAAGCGAGUCUCUCACAUCCAACUUGGAGACCCUUGAAAAGGAUCUGAAGCACAUGGAAACUACCCUGGCUAAGUUUGAAGCAGAACGCCAUAAGUGGGUGAACAAUCCUGCGCAGUUAAGAAUUUUUGAGACCCAUCUCAAGAAAUACAAAGACAAAUUGGAUAUGGGCCUUGCCUUGAAGUACAGUCUUCAGGGUGUGUUAUUUGAUGACCAAUGGCAGUACCGCUCUAUGACAUUUAUGCGUUAUGUGAUUGUCUGGCUCCUCAGGGUAGUUUCGGGCAAAAAUUUCCCGAAGGAGGAGAUCAAACUGCCACUUCCUGCGCAACAGCCUGAAGUCUUCCAGUGUCUACCUGAGUACUUCGUGGAUGACAUUGUGAGCAAUUUCAAAUUCAUCAUGUGGUGCAUGCCUCAGAUCAUCACUGCAACCCAAGGCGAUGAGCUGGUCAUGCUUUGCAUCGCCUUUUUAGAGAGCUCAGAGUACAUCAAAAACCCCUAUCUCAAAGCCGGUCUUGUUUCCAUCUUGUUCCGGGGGACAUGGCCUCGCCCUGGUGGCGCGAAUGGUGUCCUAGUGGAUCUUCUGAACUCUAUGCCUUUUGCUAAUGAAUACUUAUUACACGCCCUUAUGAACUUCUACAUCGAAGCCGAACACACCGGAACACACACUCAAUUUUUUGACAAGUUCAAUAUUCGAUACGAGAUAUUCCAGAUUAUCAAAUGUAUCUGGCCUAAUACCCUGUACCGAACGAAGCUCUACCACCAGUCCAAACAGAACCUAGAUUUCUUUGUUCGCUUCGUGAACCUGCUCCUCAACGAUGUGACUUUUGUGCUUGACGAGUCCUUUGGUAACUUCAUGACCAUUUACAAGACACAACUGGAACUACGCAACGAAGGGCCUACCAUGGAUCCUACUGUCCGCCAACAAAAGGAGGAGCACCUUGCUUCCGCGCAACGAAGUGCCAAAUCCUACAUGCAGUUGACGAACGAAACCGUUUCCAUGCUGAAGCUCUUCACAGAGGCACUUGCGGACUCCUUUACCAUGCCAGAAAUCGUGCAGAGGCUGGCUGACAUGCUUGAUUACAACUUGGAUGCUAUGGUGGGGCCCAAGAGUUCCAAUCUGCGGGUCGAGAAUCUGCAGGAAUACGGCUUCAACCCACGGGCGUUGUUGAGUGAGAUCGUCGAUGUUUAUUUGAACCUGAUGGCAAAGCAGAACUUUAUUGUCGCUGUAGCGAGGGAUGGUCGCUCAUACAAGCCGGCGAACUUUGAAAAGGCUGCUGAAAUUCUGCGAAAAUGGUCUCUGAAAUCGCCCGAGGAACUUAAGCGAUGGGACCAGCUUCAAUUCAAGGUGAAGGAGGCCAAGGAAGCCGAUGAGCAGGAGGAGGAGGACCUGGGUGAGAUUCCGGAUGAGUUCCUAGAUCCUCUGAUGUAUACAUUGAUGCAAGACCCUGUUAUUCUCCCUGCAUCCAAGGUGUCUAUUGACCGUUCCACUAUCCGCUCUCAUCUUCUGAGCGACCCGCACGAUCCUUUCAACCGGGCUCCGCUCAAGAUAGAGGACGUUCUACCUGGUAAAAAACACAUUCUAUCUUCGAUAUUAGAAACAAGAGCUAAAACUAACCCAUUUUGUAGAUACGGAGCUCAAGGCCAAGAUCACGGAAUUCAAGAGGCAGAAGAUCGCAGAACGGCGAGGGGGACAGGGACAGGUGGCGGUCGAUGAUAUGGAUACAUCCACUUAGGAUACUGAAUCUUCUCCCAUGAUAAUUGUUGACGUAGCAUUCCCUUUCUUUGCUUGGUUUUCCUCAUUGUUAAAAACAGAGUACAAGGUAUAGUUAUAAUAUAUCCUCCAGGCUUGGUCACGUGGCCCCGUGAUAUCAUGGGACCGUAUUUCCGCUUCUUCUCCAGCGCCUUCAAUCGUGUUCUCUUCCUUCACCUCGUUAAAUUUGUCUUGUCCGGUCCAUUGCUCUCCUUUAUCUGGUCGAAUAGAAAUGCACUGUGUCCCAAUUUGGGGUUCUUCUCUAAUAAUUGGGACUGAUAUCUUGU